CGGUAACAUAAAUUUCAAAACAAAACAAAAGGAAAUUUAAAAUGUUCUUAUUUGUUCUAAAAUAAAAUUUGUUGAAAAUUAUGAUUUUAAACAAAUUGGAAUUGAUAAUCCGAACAGCAUAACAAAAAAAAAAAUAAAAUUAAUACUUAUCUCAAGUAGAAUAAAAUCUUGCAAAACAAAAAGGUACGUUCUGACCACUUGUAAAAAACCAUUAUCCUGGUCGGUAUAACUGAGCUUUAGCAAAACAUAAACUGAAAUCAUCAUCAUCAUCUUAAUUUGAAACGUCCUGAGACAAGGUAGACUUGGUUCUCGUUCGCUUUCCAAAUAAACGUCUCAUAUGCAUGGUUAUAUCUACAAUUUAUUAUUGAAUUGCUGAAGAACUAUACUCAGAGAUAUAAAUAAUACUCACUACAUACCGUAUGACCCCAUAAUUUAUUCAAAGAAACCUUUAACAAUUACAAAAAAAAUUCCAGAUACCCAACUUUGAAGGCUGUAAAUUCAAAUAACUUAUCAACUAUGAAAACCAACCACAUUCAAGCUGCUUUUGCACGUAAACGUGAAAAUGAACAUAUCCGCACAGAGCGUACCGAAGCUGUUGAUCGUUAUUACGCUCAUUGGGGCAAACAAACAUCAAAAUAUGAAAACUGGACAGCUCCAGAAUAUUAUAAACAAGCUGAAGAUAAUUUGAAGAAAGAAAAAGAAAUGAAAGAGAAAGAACAAAAACUUAAUGAUCGUCGAGAAAAAUUGAGAAAAUUAUUGGAACAGGAAAAAAUCCAUUAUAAAGAAGAAUUACAAAAUCUUAAAUAUAGGCCAAAAUCACGAAACAUGAGUUCAGAUGUAAUGGAAAAAAUUGAUCAAAAUUUCAAAGAACAACAAAAUGAGAAACGACGAUUGGAUCUGGAAGCAAAACUUUAUGGACGUUUGAGACAUGGAAAAGAAGAUGGAAGUUUGCUAUAUGAAUCCAAGUCUAAUAAUCAAGUAUUAGCUAAGCUUAAUUGGUUAGAUAAACAGAUAGAAGACCAAGUUAAACGAGAUGAAGAGGAUAAAAUCACAAUGGAACGUACUCUUCGCAUGCAAGAAGAGAUUCGCAAAACAGAAGAAACCCACAAAACACGUCAAGAAAUUCGUGAAAAAGAAAUUCGAGAAAUUCGUGCAUUGCAAGAAAAACAUGUUGAAGAACUAAAGGAGCGUGAAAAUGAAGCCGAAUCAUUAAAAUCAGAAGCUUACCAGCUUCAAACUGUCCUAGAAAAAAUCGGUGAAGAAAUCAUUCUAUUAGAAACCGUUCACAAACCAAUUAUUGAAGAAUUUGCAUAUUCAAAUAAUUUGAGAAAUGUUAAAACAAUUAUACGUAAGCAUUCGGAAGUUUUUCGCAACUCUCUUAAAUCUGAUAUUGAACUUCUUAUCCGAGUCGAUACAAUCUGUCCUAAUGAAUCAUCUAUUAAACAUUUAAUGGCAAAACUCAAUCACGAACUAGAGACAGAAGUACUUAAUUUUUCUGAUAUCGAAUCUAUGUAUGAAUCAGAAGCUAAAAUAAAUCUUAAACAACAUGAAGAAGUUUGGAGUCGAUUAAACUACCAACGGCGCUUGGAACUUCUUAAUCAACUAAGAGAACUCAAAAAUCAAUACUCUUCAAAAUACUAUGAAAAUCAAAUAAGGCAAAAGGAACUAAUCGAUAUUCGCGCAACCCAUUUAUCAUCAAUUGAGAACUCUAACAAACAAUUGAAACUUUUAAUCAAAGAGGAAGAAAUAUUAUCACCCAGACCUCUCGUUAUAGAAACCCCAAGAAGCCUUAAAGGUCAACACUUGGAGCCAGUUCACAAAGUCAGUGAUUCCUUUAUGCAUCUGAAUCUGGAUUGCUUAAGUGGUGAAAAGAAGGUUGCUGAAAGUGUAAGCCAACCAGAUACAGCUAGAUCGCAAGAUUUAGGUUCAGGACCGAAAUUCGGACGAAAAAAAAUAGCUUGGACCUGAAAAACUAAUUUAAUUGGAUUUGUAACACUUUUUUUUUAAUCCAACGUUCAAAUAAAGGACAAACCAUUCCACAAAGAAUUUUCUUUCUUUUGUUUGAAACUUCCGCUUCCUUUGCGGAGCUCAAAAUUA